AGUACCGCGCCGACCGUCGCGUAGAACGGAACGUACGCGACUUGAUCAUAUAAAACGUCUCGCGAUCCCUGUGCACCUGUGCCCUGUGUUAUUACUCCGAGGAGUACGUAAACAUACCGAUUGCCGGCUCGAGUGCUAGUGGGGCUCGAAGCGAAGUGAGAACGGGAGCUAGCGUCAUUCGUGCGUAUUGAGAAAAAAAAACGCUUUUACGAGUGACAGUUGCAUUCUGCAGAGCGCCGCGGUAUCACCAAGUGUCGCGGACCAGUAUGUAGUGAACACCACAUACGAAAAGCACGAAACUAACAAAAUGGCCGACCUGAUCGGACCCGAGACCAUCGUCGACGACGAAGUCGGCUACGAAUACGAUGCGAUGAAGAUACCGGAGAUCGUUACGCCGGACGAGAUGAACGAGUCGGGCUAUCAGGAGGGAUCGGAGACUAGUUACGGGGAUCGGCGGGAUUCUAAGGAAGGGUUCGGUGGCGAGGGGGAUUCGGACAGUGGAGUGGACGGGGUGAGCAGUGGGUGUAGCACCGUGGACGACUGCCCCGUCGUGUCUAUCAAUGACGUGGUCGCGUAUUACGACGACAUCCGGCCCCGGAGGCGCCAUGUGCCGCAGCUCAACUUCUAUCACGUGGACAUCGAGAGGAUGGCCUUGGACGCUGUUGUUCAGGUGAGUUUUAACUUGGGUACAUACGCAGCUAAAAUUUUUUGCAAAUAUGUCAAUCUUCUUACUAAAAAACGGAAAAUAUCUAGGCUUGGUUUCCAAGGCUACUGCAAUGACUAGAUGAUAUAUAUUUUCAGUGAACCAAAAUAAAACGGAUAUUGUAAAUGUUCGCGCAAAACUCUGUUGUCGGAAUCGACACCAGAUGUCACUCGGCUCGGCGCGAUUCCGGUCUGAAGUUCUUCCGAGCGUCACAGUGGCGCGCGGGUCGCAAGCGAGUCAGUCAUCUGCCAGAUGUGCUAAUGUUUGCACGCCUUUAAUUUGUGCGGGAACCGCGGAAUAGUUAGGGCGUCUAGUAAAUAUCCUGUCUAGGAAUUAUAACGCGCAUUCCCUGUUUGGAUAGCCUUUCCCGGGACUUAUUGGGUCCGACUCAGAAUCUGUAUAAGUGCAUUCGGCAAUAUAAGCUAGUGCGGCCUCGGUAUUUAGAACUGUUGCCACGCGAAACGGUAGUGACCUUUGACCUAGAAACUCCGGGCGUGUUUUGUGCGGUAACCUUAUACCCCGCGAUAGUUAGUGGCUUCUGUAAGCUGGUUAAUCGUGCGAUAGAGUUAAGUGACUGUCAUCGUGGUGAACCAAGAAAGUGACUGUGGAUAACCUCGAAAGGCCCCCUCAAAUUGGAGCGGUGUCGACGCUCGGGCUGCUGCCGACGGCUAAGGUCCAGGUUUAAUCACCAUCAGUCACACCCAGAUACACACCACAUCACCAUUCUUUCCCUUGCACUACACAACUACAUGCGACCUGACCGACUCCGGAGGGACCAGUCGUCUUGGAUCGAGGUAAGUGAACUCCGCCAAAUUCCUUCCGGUCGACUGGCCGUAGUAUAACGCUCCCCCAUAUAUUUUAGUGUAAUUAGAGAGAUUCCACGUGGCCUUAGGAGGCCCGACCUACGUUUGCUCGGGAAGUCUUCUGCUGAUGGGCCCCGGGGGAUUGGAUCCUUUAAGGGAGCAACCGUAGGCCGUAACAUUUGGUAGCAGAGCGUGGUUCCGGGUUCGAUUCCCGGUCGAUCCCGACUAUAGUGUUUGAUAAACAUUAAACAAUUUUGGUGGCAGGGAGCGUCGGUGUGAUUGGUUUAAUUUGCAUCUACAAUCACGCCCGUCCGUAAUACGUAAAAAUAUUUUUUUUUGUACGUAAUAAUAGAAUUAUUUUCCUUUGUUGCUUUGUUGCUUGCCUUUUUUUUGGUUAGAGGGUAAUUUGAAAAGCCGCGCCCUAGGUUGUGCAAGCGGGAGAUUUUCUAGAGAUAUACGUCAUGUAGGUAGAUGGUUAUUUUUACGUAAUCGGUUAAUUAUCGUUGUCGGAGAGUUGUAGUGGAUUACUUAUCGAAGGUUCGAUUUCCGAGCUAGGCAUUUUUUGUUGAUCGACCGUGAUCUUCGUUUAUACUGUAAGUUGUAUUUGAACUAAAUAGUAGUAGUUUGUAUUUGCGCAAUUUGAAUUUAACUUGAUUCGAUCGCACUAGUAUUUGUUAUUUGUUAAUUUGAUUUGUGUCUUUUUUGUGCUAACUUGUAUUUGGUUGAUACGUAGCAAGUAGUUCGUAUUUGUGUAAUUUCUAUUCAACGCGAUUUGAUAGGAACUGCAUUUAUUAACUGUUAAUUUUUUGUUGUAUUUUUUAUUUGUUAUCUUUGUAAACUGUGCUCAAGCCGCGUCGUAAUUUGCAUUUAAUAGUGAUGACAUCGCCCAAGCUACUGAUCCGUUGUUUGCGGACUGAGCUACGCUGGGCCACAAGCGCCCAUGCUUUGAUAGGUCGACCGGAUAGGGUCCAUAACUUGAUGAAGCAGUUCGAGCAGGUGGAUGCUCGAAGGGCCGCAGUGGAGGAGGCUUACGCUGAACUCGAGGAUUCGGAUGUGGAGAAGGGAGUCCUGGACUCCUGCUUCGCGGACUAUGAGCAGUUCUUGUGGCUCACGGACGAGUUGAUCGAGGCUGAAGGCAGGUAUGCCGAGGAGGCUCGUGAAGCUCGGAUGAGUGACUUGUCCGAGUCCUCUCUGAAGCGGCUUCAGCCGGAGCUGUUGGGACGACUCCCAACUCUGGACCUGCCAAAGUUCUCCGGGGUCCUUUCCGAAUGGCUGACCUUCGUUGGUCUUUUCGACAGCCUAGUGGACUCCCGGAGUGACUUGACCCCGAGCCAAAAGAUGGUGUACCUCCUGGCCUCACUGGAGGGGGAGGCCCUGGGCGUCGUCGGCCACUUGAGAUUGUCGGACGACGCCUACCAGACUGCUCGGGACCUCCUAGCCAUAAGAUACGCCAACGUCCGGCGAAUUGCGGACGAACAGGUUAAGCAGCUUCUAAGCCUCCCGCUGCUUAGUGACCGGGCCAGACUGCGUCCGGACCUGUUGGAUCCAGUCUUGGUGGCCUGUAAUACUUUGAGGCGGCUGGGUUUACCAGUGGGCGAAUGGGCUUUUUUGUUGCUCCGCAUCGUGCUGUCCCGUCUACCUCUCGACCUGCGAAUCCAUUUUGAGGAGAGGUACGGCGGGGACGAGGCCUCCUAUAUGCCGCCCUUCUAUGACCUGCUGCGGUUUUUGGAGGAGCAGUGCCGGCAGAUCGAGAACGCGGCGGGCACCGUUGACGACUUGCGAGACGUGCCCAGUGAGAGGCUGAACCCGCCAGGCAAGUCGUCGUCAACCCCCCCCUGCUCCUAUUGUCGAGCAUCUGAUCACCGGGUAACGUCGUGCCCGAAAUUAUUAGGUAAGCCGGUUCCAGCGAGGCGAACUAUCGCCAAGGAGCGCCACUGGUGCUGGUCAUGUCUGGGAGGGCACCUCCAGCGAGACUGUCCGCAUCGACGGCCCUGUCUGCAUUGCCAGGGCAAUCACCAUGCCGUUUUGUGCCUGGGUGCGAACGGCAUCUCCUCUCGGGGCUCUGCCAGGCCCUCGACCCCCACGGGCGGGGGCGCUCAGCCACGCCCUCUGCAGGGUGACUCUCGGCGCCCGCCGUCCAGCCACCAGGCCCCUAAGUUUGAAAGGAGUCCCUCCCCCGACCAGUCGGGGGGUAAUUCCCCCAGGGGCGGGGGUGUCAUCACCCCCCCUCAGCGUGUGGAGAGGAACUUCACGGCCACUCAUCGGUCCGCUGGACCCUUCUCACUUCCGUUAGCUGAGUGGCCGCGACUGGUGUACCACUGUUCCCCAUUUGAUGGAGGCGGCCCUGUCUAGCUGCUGCCUUAGUUCCCACCACGGCCGCCUCCACUGAGCCUUAAGCCGUCAACAGUCCACUUGUCAAAAUGUUCUGUUGCCGACGGCCUCAGUGAAGGCGUACAACCCGAGUGGCAACUGUUAAAGGUUGUGCUCUAUUUAUCUCGGGUUCACGCCAUGUGGCCUCCCCUUGGUGGUGGGAAGAUUAGGGCCCCCCUGUAGCGUUGAAUCACGCUGUCAAGGGGUAUUAGAUUUGGUUUGGUCGAGCACUUAGUC